AUGACUGCUCCUGCCGACUAUUCCCAUCCUCUGGACCCGGCUACGGCCGAAGAGAUCCAGCUGGCCAUAGAUCUGGUGAAAAAAUCGUUCGCUCCCACGGCGCUGCACUUCAAGGCGGCUGGUCUCGAUGAGCCGCCGAAGAAACAACUACGUGCGUAUCUGGAGGCCGAGCACGGCGGCCUGCCGCUGCCGAAAGUCCCGCGCUGCGUCUUUCUCAUCUGGUACAUCAAGCGCAGUCCCCGUCUGUUUGAGGCGGUUGUGGAUGUGACCAGCGGGAAGCUGGUCUACCAGAAGGAGUUGUCUCGCGACUUCCACGGGCCUGUCGACCGCACAGAGCUCAACGAGGCCGCACAGGUCGUGCUAGAUAGCCUAGACGUCGAGAAGGAGUUUGUGCGCCUUGGCAUCGAGAAGUCCUCGGUUGUCCUUGAUCCCUGGGACUAUGGCGUCUUCCUCUACCGCAAGAACCCCAAGAACAACGACGUCGACUCGUCGCACUACUCCUUUCCGCUCGACUUCAUGGUCAUUGUCAACCUGUGCUCGAUGACGGUCGAGAAGAUCACCCGACUGCCUCUCGGCGCUGACGAGAGCACGACAGAAGGUGCCGGCGUGCCGCUGCGCGAGACCGAUCCGGUCGAGCCCGAGUACGACCACCGACUGCAGAAAAAGCUGCCGCGGACGACCCUGAAGCCGUACAAUGUGGUGCAGCCCGAAGGUGCCUCCUUCACGGUCAAGGGCCACCUGAUCGAGUGGGAGAAAUGGCGGUUCCGUGUCGGCUUCAACUGGCGCGAGGGCCUGACCAUCCACGACGUCCACUUUAUGGGCCGCAGCACGUUCUACCGUCUGUCUCUGUCGGAGAUGUUUGUUCCGUACGGCGAUCCCCGCAGUCCGAUCUACCGCAAGGGUGCCUUUGACCUAGGAAAUGUCGGUGCCGGCAUGACGGCCAACAACCUUCAGCGUGGGUUUUGUCAUCUCUCCUACUGUCUUCUUCUGACUAAUCCGCCUCCAGUCGGCUGUGACUGUCUCGGCACGAUCAAGUACGUCAGUGGCCAUGUGGUCGACGCCGACGGCACGCCGUCUGAGCGGCCCAACGCCAUCUGCAUCCACGAGAUCGACAGCGGGAUCCAGUGGAAGCACACGAACCAUCGCACCGGCAAGGCGACGGUGGUGCGCAAACGCCAGCUGGUGCUGCAGAUGAUCAUCACGGUGGCCAACUACGAGUACAUAUUUGCCUGGAUCUUUGACCAAUCGGGCGAGAUCUCAUUCGAGACCCGGGCCACCGGCAUCCUAUCGACGCAGCCGGUCGACGCUGACUCGGCCAUCCCAUUUGGCACCCGCGUGGCCGACGGCGUGAUGGCACCCUUCCACCAGCACCUGUUCAACGUGCGAAUUGACCCGGCCGUCGACGGCCACGCGAACUCGCUCGUUUACGCCGACUCUGUCGCCAUGUCGUGGGACCAGAAACUGAACCCGCUCGGGACCGGCUACGUCUCGGUUGAGACAACGGUGCAACGCGCUGGCCCCGUUCCGGACAGUCUCCCGGACGGCCGCGUCUUCAAGAUCGUCAACCCGGCUGUCCGCAACCGGGUCUCGCACACGCCCGUCGGCUACAAGAUCGUCCCCAUUCGCUCCCAGAUGCUUCUCGCUCAGCCCGGCUCCUGGCACUGGAAGCGCUCCGAGUUCGCCGAAGCUGCCCUCUGGGUCACAAAGUACCAGGACCGCCGGCUCUUUCCCGCCGGCGAUUACACCAACCAGUCCCUCGGCGGCACCGGGAUCAAGUCCUGGGUUCGCGAUCCCGACUUCGUCGUGGACGAGGACAUUGUCAUCUGGCACACCUUUGGCUUCACCCACAACCCCCGCGUUGAGGACUUCCCCAUUAUGCCGGCCGAGAUCGUCCAGAUGCACCUGAAGCCCUUCAACUUUUGCGAGUACAACCCGACCAACGACGUUCCUCCGUCCAACCAGGCCUUCAACAAGAGCACCCUCUACGAAGAUGUCGCCAAGGGCAGCGCCGGAGCUUGUUCCGGUACCUGUGGACAAGGAAUAGCCCACGUCGGGGAAGACGGAAGGUGGACAGAGCUUUGCGAGGUGGUGAAGGACGACAGGGCGAACCUCGUCCGGAUAAACGACAGCGCUGUUGACCAAAAGGGCCGUCUAUGGUUUGCCGAGUUUGAACUCGCAUUUGAGACUCCCGGCGAUGGCCCUCACCUGUCAAAAGGCCAUAAAGCAUGCGGAAAGCUAUACAGCUACAGUGCAGAUGGAACGUUGGUCGAACAUGAGUCGUCGGGAAUUUCUUGCGGUAAUGGGAUCGGUUGGACCAGUGACGGGUCCGUAAUGCUGUUCACGGAUUCGAUCCAAAAGAUUAUCUGGGGCUAUGAUUUUGACGCGGAAACUGGCUCAUUAUCAAAUAAGCGGAUUGUUGUCGAUCUCAGUUCUGGGGAUGGGGAGCCCGAUGGGCUGCUGGUCGAUACCGAGGAUAACAUAUACAGCUUUCUCUGGGAGGGAAGUGGCGUGCAUAAAUACGACAUGUCUGGGAAGCUUGUCCAGCGAUGGGACCUGAAUGCAUGGCGAGUCACACACGGGGCAUGGAUUGGAGCUGAUCUUGACCAGCUGAUGGUCGCAAGUGCCCUUACUGAUGACAGGUCUGAGAAGUGGCCUGGAGAAGAAGGUGGCAGCCUGUUCAAAAUUGUCAACCCAGGCGGCCGAGGGACGCCGAAGAACAAAUUUGGACGUGCAGCUUAG